GCUUCACGUCAUUUUCAGGUAAAAUGGUUUCAUUGAGGGAACUUACAGAGCAACGAGGUAACCAUGGCAGAGAGGGAGAAGAGGAAGGGGUUUUGUCAGUGGAGCCUAUCACGAUGAUAGUGCCGCCUGAGUUGCAGGACUCGCCGGAAACGAUGGCACCUGAGAGAAGCACCAGUUCGAGUGCGAGGGAUGAUGGUGGCGACCAUGCUACUGCGUCGUCUAGCAGCUCGUCUACUGAAGAAACACCCAGCCGUGAAGAAGGAAUGGGGGAUGUGGUGAGCAGUGUCUCAGAUCGGCCGGUGAUUGGGGAAUGGGAAGGCGUGACAAUCCCGGGCAGGUUGAGUAACCUACGAAAAGCACCGAAGGACCUGCCCAUUGGAUUCAGGUUCAAGGCUGUACUUCAUCACGAAGUAGCAAAUUGUGCGCCCUCCAUAAGUGGGUAUAAACGACUGGAGGAGAUGGUGAGGGCGUUCCACAUCCCCAAGACCAUAUUGCUGUGGACUGGCAGGCAGAACGAAAGGGCGUGCACAGUGUCGCAAACGGGCUGGAUCCCCGUAUAUGUGGACCACUUUGAUGACGGCCUGCGGUUUCCCCUGCCCGGAUUGGUGUUUGACCUGCUGGCUGAUUACGAGCUGGCGUUGACGUCGCUGUUUCAAUGCCGGCUGUGUCCUAACUCCCGAGGCGCGAAGUGGUACUACCUUUCCUGGAGAGACAAAAGCCAGUUGUUCAAGAAUGUCCGGAACAAAGUGGCGAGGUGGAAGAGGCAAUUCAUAUUUGUUCGCGACACGCGAACAGAGAGGAUAAGCAACGACCUCGCUGCCCGGCUGUCAGAAUGGCGCACGCCAAAUGCCCACAUCAACUACCCACAGCUGCUGCCCCGGGAUGUAGAUCUAAAGAACAAGCUGCUUGAGUAUGCGAAGAGGAAGGGUCUGAUAGAUCUAAAAGCCCUGGUUACCUCGGAGCAGCUCGUCGUGUUUGGGUUUGUCGACGUGGCAAACCUGUUCACAGAAGCCCAGAGCUCACGAGGCCGCGGGGCGAGCAGCGGGCAACAAAGUCAAACGCGGUUCGACGAGCAGCCACCCCCAGCGCCUCUAUCACGCAGCUCGUCACACCGGGGAUCCAGCUUGACAUCACGGCCACGAGCAGAUCAAAGAGCUGAUGUUGCCGCUCCGAAUGCACGUAGGCGUGCACAAGAGGGGACCGAGAGCGAGGAAGAUGAGAUUCCCCUUGCAAGGCGCAGAACAAGCGGGGGGACUCAGCCCGUACAGGCGGCCCGUCCUGCAACGGUGCGUUCACCCACUGCACCGCCAGCGACCACGCGGGUAGUAGCAGAGCCCAUCUCUGCUUCAGCUUCAACGUCGGGCCCCAGGAUCGCUUAUCCUGAGGGCUUCUCUUAUGUGCGGGCGGAGUGCCAGCCCGCCAUGGUGCAAGCUAUGCACAACUUCGUGCCCCCGUCGGAUAGUCGGCGGGCUGAGGCUUUUGUGCAGCAGCAUGGCGGCCAGGUCGCCAUGAUCAAAUUGAUGGAUGCAUUCAGCUACGCUGUAGCGCUUUAUGAGGGCGAGCAGGAGGCUCGUACGCAGAACGGCGAGCUCGGUUCAAAAUGCAAACAACUGGCUAUUGAGAAGGCUAGCCUUGUGGACGAUGUGAAUCGUCUGCAAGGCUCUGAAAUGGCGAACCGGGCAGCUGCUGCAGAGAGCCAAGCGGAUGAGCUCGCCAACAGGAACAAUGAGCUCAGGGAGGAGCUGGAGCACGCUCAAGCUAAAAAAGAGAGCGGGAUCCAGGCGGCGAAGGACGAGGCCGCCAGGGUUGAGGAAAGGGCGAAGAAGGCUGAGACCGACAGGGACCGUGCUCAGCACGAGCUGAGCUCCCUUAGGCACCAGGUCGCCGAGGUGGAUCGAAACCUUGCUGCUGCCAAGGAAGCGCUGAACGAGCUGAAGGCUUCCCAUGCACGUUCUGUCAGCAUCGCCCGGGCUCAAGGGGCGGAAUGGUGGGACCUCAACGAGGAGGGAGUGCCUGUUUGGCCUCCUCAGGUCCUUGAGGACGGGGAGGAUCCAACGGGGUUGCCCUCCUUUGACGCAUGGGUAGAGGGUGCUCCUGUAGCUGAGCAGGAGCCUUCAACCACCCCGCCCAACUCUCAGCCCACCGUGGUGCCGGUCAGCUCGCCAGUCAGCGCACCAGUCUCUGAGGCCGCUGCUCGAUCUCCUCCAACUCGCUCUCCUGCAGCUGCUGCUGAUGCAUCCAUGCCCGUCGAUCUGACGGAUGACUAGAUUUAGGGUUUUUCUUUUGUUCUUUUGUAUUUCACUUUUGCAUUUUUGUAUUUGAUCAAUGUAAUACAUAAGUACCUUCAAU